AACAUCAGUCUUCCCCCAAUUUGCGAAAUUUCAAACCCAAUCGAACCCUUCCAAACCCUAGGGGAGCUGCGGGCGGCGGUCGCUCGCGAGCAUCCAGCCAUCAUCGAUCGCCAUGGCGCCGCCUCGCCCCCCUCCGGCCCGUGGCGGGCGCCGCCCACCCCCUAAGUCUGCGCCCCUCCGUCCGGAGGAGGAGCUGCUCCUCGAGGCGGCGUCCGACGGCGACCUCGUCCUCUUCAAACGGCUGGCGAGGAUGAUGGACGGCGGGCGCGGGCGCGUCACGGAGGCGGUAGAGGCCGUUGUGGAGUGCACGGCGGGGGCACUGCACCUCGCCGCCGGCCAGGGGGAGCUGGCGAUGUGCAGGUACCUGGUCGAGGAGCUCCGGGUGGAUAUCAACGCCAUCCACGACGGAGGUGAAACGCCUCUGGCUUAUGCAAUUAAUGGUGCAAAUAUAGCUACUGUGAAGUAUCUUCUGGACCAUGGCGCUGAUCCAGAUAAAGUUGAUGACAAAGGAUUUACUUCUCUCCAUAUUGCAGCUGAAGAAGGAUAUUGCAAUAUAGUGGAGCUCUUGCUUUCUAGAGGGGCUUCUGUUGAUGCAUUAUCUAAUCGUGGUACACCACUGCACCUUGCUGCUACUAAUGGUCAUCAUCAAACAGUGAAGAUUUUGUUGGACCACAACGCUGAUUGCAAUAAGAUUGUGAAUGGUGUCUACACACCUCUCCUUGUAUCUAUUUAUGCUCCGUCACUAAAAUGUGUGAAGCUACUAAUCCAGGCUGGUGCUGAUGUAAAUGGUGUGGGUAAUAUAACCCCGUUAAUAGCUGCUGUUGGGUUAACUGAGUGCAUGAAGUGCUUAUUGGAAGCUGGUGCUGACCCAAACGUCCCUGAUGAAUUUGGCAGGAUGCCAAUAGAGUUUGCGGCAAUAUGUGGUACACGAGAAGAUGUUGAGAUCCUAUUUCCUUUAACUUCUCGUAUUCCGUCUGUACGUGAUUGGAGUGUCAAUGGAAUAAUAUGUCACGCAUACUCAUUGCCAGGGCAAAAGGUACUUGCUUUGUGAUAUCCUUCUCCAUAAAUCUUUGUUCAAUACCUGUCUUUCUUGUUCAGUUCUAUGAGAGGGGGUUGGAAAGGGACACCACUAGUUUGAAAUUUCAAGGAAGAAAGGCACUCGAGAGAAAGGAUUAGCAUUCUGCAAUUGAACUAUACAUUAAGGCAAUGGGCCUUGAUUAUGAGGAUGCGACCCUGUACUCAGAUAGGAGUGUCUGUUUUCUCCAAAUUGGCGAGGGAGACAAAGCCUUUGCGGAUGCUUAUACUUGUAGAAUGAUGCGCCCUGACUGGCCAAAGGCCUGCUAUCGGCAGGGAGCAUCUCUAAUGCUGAUGAAGGAUUAUGAAAAGGCCUGUGGUGCCCUUUUUGAUGGUUUGAAAAUGGACCCACGGAAUCUUGAGAUUGAGAACGCUUUACGGCAUGCUAUAUCUUUCAUACAAUUUUACUGCACAUUGUAUUUUAUUCAAGAUGCCAACAGUGCUACACUAGCAGUCACCAGAGCUAAAAAUCUUUGAAACACGACCACCAAGGCCUUUUUUCAACUUGUUAAUAUCAUUUGGUUAGCAACUGCUGUGGAAGACAUGAAAAAACAGAGAUAAUUCAAAAAGUGGCAUACUCUCGAA